AUAAGUGGAGAACUUGGUGCUAGCCCAGUGACAGAGACGAAUUUGUUAGUGUUCAAACUUUUACUGUUCUGUGAUGACCUGAUUGCUGUAGCAGGUGGAUGUGCAUGUGAAGGAACACUAGCCUGCUCAACUUGUCAUUUAAUCUUUGAAGACCACAUAUUUGAGAAACUAGAUGCAAUUACUGAUGAAGAGAUGGACAUGCUGGACCUGGCAUAUGGCCUCACAGAAACUAAUAGAAUCCUCUGCCAAAUCUGCCUGAAGAAAUCCAUGGAUGGUAUGACUGUUCGAGUACCAGAAGCCGUUGCGGAUGCUAGACAAUCAGUAGAUAUGAGUAAAAACUCCUAA